AGCAGCAGCCAUGCAUCACUCCCUGCUCCCCCUGUGCGUCCUGGGACUCCUCGCCCUCUCCUCCGCCUGCUACAUCCAGAACUGCCCGCGGGGAGGGAAGCGGGCGCUGCCGGAGGCCGCGGUCAGACAGUGCAUGACCUGCGGCCCCGGGGACAGGGGCCGCUGCUUCGGCCCCAGCAUCUGCUGCGGGGAGGGUCUGGGCUGCCUGCUGGGCUCCCCGGAAUCAGCUCACUGUGUGGAGGAGAACUACCUGCUGACGCCCUGCCAGGCCGGGGGGAGACCCUGCGGACCUGAGGGGGGACGCUGCGCCGCCUCGGGGCUCUGCUGCAACUCCGAGGGUUGUGUGGUGGACUCGGACUGCCUCGGGGAAACCGGGGCCGCAGACGCAGCAGCCCACGGUUCUGCACGGAGCUCCCCCACGGAGCUGCUGCUGCGCCUCCUCCAUGUGGCCAGCAGGGGGCAGAGCGAGUACUGACGCUGUGAGACGGAGCUGCAGCCGACCAGAAGCCUCAAGUUAUGAACUCUGAAAGUCUAAAGCCGGAUUUAUGGUUCCGCGUUAAAUCAACGCAGAGCGGCGCGCAAAGCCGCGUACCCUACGCCGUAGGCUCUGCGUUGGUGUAACGCGGAACCAUAAAUCAGCCUUAAUGUUGCUGUAUGCGACCCUUCUGUGCUACUUCUGCCUCUGUUUUAAACCAAUCUGCACUUUGUUUUCAAAUAAGCGUAUCAUAUUUAAAAUCCCAGAGAUUUUCCCACUUCAGAAAUAUGUACUGUAUAUACUAAUGCACAUACUGUAAACAAUUAAGAACUCCAAUUGAAAUAAGUUUGAACAGAAAACUGUGUAAAUAAGUUUAGGAAUGUGAACUAAGAUUGCCACUGAUAUCAAUGUAAAGCAGCUGAGUGAUAAUGCUUGACAGUUUUUCUCUUGUGUAGCAGAUCAUGUUGUAAAUUGAAA